AUGUCAGGGGCUCAGACAGCAGUGAAGCCAAAGGAUGUACAUGACAGCCAGGCAGUUGGAUCAUCAUUGCCGGCCCGGUAUCUCCAUCAGGAUUCCCUUUCUAAUGACUUUCUUCCGUCCUCCGCAGUUCGCGCUCUUGGCGGCGACCUCUCGUUCCUCACGGAGCCGGCCGACGCGGUGGCCAUAUGGGAUCAGCCGCUGACCCUUCACUGCCUGGCGGAAGGGGAACCGCCGAUCAACAUCACCUGGUACAAGGGCGGCGAGCCCCUCCCCCGCGACGCCCACAUCCAGCAGCUCCGCAACGGGUCUCUCUGGAUCCGCCACUUCCAGAAGAGGAGGCAGGCCGCGGCGAAUGACGGAGAGUACAGCUGUGCCGCCCAGAACCGCUACGGGAGGCUGCUGAGCCGCAAGGCCAAAGUCCGGAUGGCGUUUCUGUCUCACUUCCACCUGAACCCCCAGCCGAUGGCCGUAGCAGUGGGCGGAGUGGCGCGUUUCCAAUGCCUGACCACAUCUAUCCCAAAAGCCACCAUAACCUGGGAGAGAAACCGCACGGUCCUGAUAACCUCCGACCCCAGGUACACCGUCCUCCCCGAUGGCAUCUUGCAGAUCUCCGGUGUCACACACGACGACAUUGGCACUUACAGAUGUCUGGCUACAAACCCGGCCAACAGCCGGCACAGCAAGGAGGCGUGGUUGACUCUUACAGGGUCCACUAAUCCCAGUCACCAAGAACCGGUCAUUCUCUCCGGCCCGCAGAACCUAACUCUAACUGUCCACCAGACCGCCAUCUUGGAAUGCAUCGCCACAGGCAACCCGCGUCCUAUCGUGUCCUGGAGCCGACUGGAUGGGCGCUCCAUCGGAGUGGAAGGGAUCCAGGUUCUGGGGAAUGGAAACCUGAUGAUAUCAGAUGUGUCUGUGAAGCAUUCUGGUGUCUACGUCUGCGCUGCCAACCGGCCGGGUACGAGAGUCCGGCGUACAGCUCAAGGGAUGUUACUGGUCCAAGCGCCGCCAGAGUUUGUGCAAUGGCCGCAGUCGGUGAGCCACUCCCCCGGUGACAACACCACUUUCUCUUGCUUGGCACGAGGGUCUCCUGAGCCCACCCUCGUGUGGCUGAAGAACGGCAAACACUUAACCCACCAAAGGAACACCAGGCUGAGCGCUGACAACCGCACUCUGACCCUCCUCAGGGUCACCUCUGCAGAUGAGGCCCUCUACCAGUGCAUCGCCGAGAACAGUGCCGGAACGAGCCAAGCAAGUGCCCGGCUGGCAGUCACUCUGCCGCAGGAUGCUCCGAAUGUCCCGGAAAAGGUGAAUGCUGUCCCUGUUUCGGCCACCUCUAUCGAGGCUACGUGGACCGCACCUCCACCUGAGACGAUUGAUGGGAUAAUCGGAUACGUACUCCACAUCUGCAAAGAUGGAGAUCCCAGCACUCAGGAGAUGCAGGAAGCACUUAGCAAGACGACCUUCAAGCACACGGUCAACAAUUUAGAACCUUCCACCAAUUACAUUCUUUUUCUACGGGCAUAUUCCCCCCUGGGGGCCAGCCGGGACUCCAGGCCUAUCAUGGUCACGACGCUGGGAAGAGUUCCUAAGACUCCGGACUUCUCGGUCACUGUUGUUAAUGAAAGCGCCGUACGGGUCAGCUGGGAUGGAGGCGCUGCUGGGACCGCCGUUCAGGGUUACAGACUGGAGUAUCGCAGGAUACCGUCUUCGCAGGAUACCGCAAACUUCCAGGGGACUCGGACUCUGGCGGGAAACCAAACUUCCUUCAUCUUCCACGGCCUUGGACAUGAGGGAGAUCUCUUGAAAACGAAGGAGAUCUGCUCCUGGAUUUCCCAAGAACUCAUAACUAUAGAAGUGGCAACUGUCCCUGGGCUCAUGAUGUCUGUUGCUCAACCAUGA